GUAUCUAAUUGAGUAAGAGAAAUCCAAAACUGAAAUUUCUUCUUAUUACAACAAAUGCAUAGAGGCCUCCGUUUGUUUUAUAUAAAAUGUUACACGUCUGCAUUAGAUGCUAAGUUUGAUAUCGUAAGAAAAAAAGGUAUUUUUGAAAAAGAUGGCUCGUUUGCUGAUAAAGGCGAAAAUCGAAAGUAAAAAUAAAGAAGAAGUACGACUCAGAAAUACUUUCUCGGAAGUUGUAAAAGUUGUCGGAAGCAAUGCUACUUUCCGAAGCUGUUUUAUUGCUGAAUACAAUAAUUGGUGCCAGAAAAUUCAGUCGAAUAUUACUUUUUUAAAUGGAAGUCAUCAAUUCUUUUCAAAUCAAGUGUCACCAUCAGCUGUUCAACGAUUUCUUGUUACAGCCUAUGUAGCAAUCUGCUUCCUCGAGUCCAUAAGAAGCAAAAAUAAAGAUUGUCUUUUAACUGGUAUAUUCUUUUGCUCCCUUCUUGCAGUGAUGAGUUUAUCGACGACUAUCAUAGGGCUUCUCUCUGCAACGCCAAAUAAAUCCAUAAAAUCCAUUUUCAAUUUUGUAUCCAUCAUCAAUUUGGUGUCGAAAGAUAUCAGUCAUAGACUUAAUAGAACUAGAAGAGAAUUUAAAAUUAAUGCUACUCCUGAUAUAUUGUAUACGAUUUCAAGAGACACAACUUAUCUUAGACUUUCUCGGUGGAGUUUCUUUUUUCAACUGCUAUUUUUUAACUUUCUGUCUUGGUUCAACAUUUACGGUACAGUAUUUGCUGUCCAAGUGUGCGUGAUUCUAAAAGUUCUCUCUUUUAUGGAAGAACUGGAUGAAGUUUUGAAAAGUUUUUCUUUGAUCAUGUUAUUCAUCAAUGCCAUUAUUCAAGAUAUAAAAAUCAGAAAAGUUCAAAAAGAAAUGCAUUAUCAAAGUUAUUGUCUUGCUGCCGAAACGGAGAAAUUUCUCACUUGGUUCCGUGACAAUUCUAAGUUGGAUGAAUUGCUCGAACAGUACGAAUUUAUAAAAGAAUCUGUAUUUAAUAUUUUUAGCUGUGAAAAUGACAUUAAAAAAGUUACAUCAUCUCAAUCUUCCAUCUUGUUUGCCAUCGUCGUAAUAAAAACAUCCAAUGGCUUAGCAGACAGUAUUAAUUCCGAAAAUUUUCAAAACAUCCUCCAAUUCUUACUUUUUAAUGAUCCAAAUGCGGAUUCAAAUACAAAAGUACAAUUGAUUUCUGAUAAAAAUCUUGAUAUUCCUUCACUUCUUCAAACUAAGAAUGAUUUAGCCAAUUGCAUGCUUCAGGUUGGGACUGUAUUGAAAGAAUCCAAUUUAGCAUCCAGUAUAACGGCUGAAACUACUGAAGGAAAUAAAAGCUUACCAAUCGUACCGAAGGUUUUGAAUCUUAAAAAAACACCACCUGUUGAAGAAAAAUCUUCAAAAAAGUAUUUGAAAAAUCCAAAGAGGAUUUCAAAGAUACCAUUAUCAAAGAAUGCUUCUGAAUAUGUGAAACAGGUUUCAAUUAGAAAUAAAGAAAUUAGGCUUGGUGAAACUUCUGAUAGAGAAAGACAUAUGAAAGAAAAAGAAAAACGCCAAAGUAUAAUAGAAACUACUUCUAAGGUUACCAAAGGUAAGAACUUUGACCCCGAAAAAGACACACUGUCGACUUCUCUUGAUGGCCCAUCAUCAUCUGUGUUAAUUACGAGGGAGAGUUCUAAUCUCGGUUCUGAACCUGAAGUAAACAAUGAAGGUACAGUGUUGAAUGAACAUGAUAAGAAAGUAGAAUCUCUGGGUAUGACUGAAUGUUUUAAAGUUCAGAAUGAUUCUUUAAACUGUAAUGAUUACGAUACAAAAUAUAUUACCCAAAAGAAUGUUUAUCAACAGUCAUUAGAAGAUAGUGGGAAGCCUUCAGAAGAAAUAAGUGAAACUGUAGUAGGGUCAAGACACAAACAAAGAAAACGGAAGACAAUUUCAGAGAAUAAUGAUGAAUUGGAACCCCUGACAAUGCCUAUUUCUGAUUCAAAAGAUAAUAUUGAUUCCACUGAUGUUAAAUUUGCUGCUGCUUCAAAUAAAAUGUCAAAUUCAGUAGAAGUAUCAACUGAAGAUCAUAAAUCUAUAGAUUACGACCAAUAUAUUUGUUCAUCCUUGCUUUCGAUGAUGCGACGUUUAUCCAUUGAAUCACAGAAACAAGAAAAUGAUGCAUCAAAUAAUCAAAAUAAUUUUACAAUAGUCAAGGAAGGAAAUAAUAUAAAUAAUAAUUCUAAUAUUUUCUCAUUAGGUUCUACAGAUUUGCUUAAAGUUGAUUCUGAAAAAGAAAAUCCCUCAAAUAAGAAUUUCGAAGGAAGUCGUUUACAGAGUGAUGAUAGAAUCAAAGAAGCUGGUUAUAGUGAUUGCCAAGAAUUUCAUAUAAAAGAUCUAAGCAAACAGAUCAUAGGACAAAAUGGUAAAGAAAAUGAAAACCUCUCGAACAAUAAAUCCAAUAUUUUUAAAUGUGAACCCAUGAAACUAUCAACAAAGGAUUCAAAAAAAGAAAAAGUUUCUGAUGAAAACUUCAGCAUUCAAAAAUCGAAAUUAGAAGAAGAAAGAAUUGAAGUGAGCAAAGAAGUGAAAAAGGAAGCAAAUCAUGACUCUUCUGAAAUCUCACAUAAUUCUGAUAAUAAAACUUUCAUAAAUACGAACUCUAAAGAAGAAAGUGGAAUUUUAGGAAAAAAUAAAAAGAAAGAACAGACAAGUAGAGAUAAAACACUUAGAUUUUAUCAGAAUAAGUCAUUGUCAAAAAAAGCAGAAAACAGCACAUGUUGUAACGAAACAAUAAUUGAGCCUAGGUCAGUCUCACAAGCAAUAUUAUUCACCUCUGAGACAGUAUCUGAAAAUCAGGCAGCCCAAAAUCAGAAAAACUUCUACACAGGAUAUAAGGCUUCCAAACUUGAAAAAGAUAAACUCGCCGAUGGUAUAGCUAAAGAAUCUUGUGAUUCUCAACAAGAUAAAUAUAUCUUAAUAGAUAAUAAAUCUUCUAUUCAAGUUGAAAAUCAAUUUUGGCCUGUUAAAGAAGAUAAACUGUGCAGAAGUAAUGAAAGGAAGCAAAUCAAGGAUGAUGAAAAAGAGCGUUGUAGGAAAAAAGAAAAUGAAUCAACCGUUGAUAAGCAAGAUCGAUUUCCAAUUAGUCAUGAAAAUAAUAUUUCCGGUCAAAACGAAAAUAUUUAUUCCAACCAUCAAGAAAAUAGAGUCUUCAACAAUACAGAACAUGAAUUUUAUAAUUCUAAAGGAAAUCAACCUUGCAGUGUAAAAGGGAAAGUAUCCCAAGAUGAAAAACAAAAUGAAUAUUGCGCUGUUGAAGACUAUGGAACUUGCUGUGAUGAAGAAAAUUUAUCCAGCAGUCAUCAAGGAAAUCAAAUUUCCAGUAACAUUGAAAUUUGCAAUGAUCCUUUAAAUCCUAAUGAUGAAAAUGAGAAGGUAUCUUCUGAUAAUAAACAAAAUGAAGCCUUUACUAUCGAAGAUCAGAAAUCUUAUGGUGAUGGUGAAAAUGUACCUUGCAGUGAUCAGGAAUAUAAAAUGUCUAGUAGCAAUGAAACUUACAAUGAUGAUGUAAAUAAUCUUGAUGAUGAGAAUGAGAAGACAUCUUCCGAUAAUAAACAAAAUGAAACCUCUGCUAUUGAAGAUCAGGAAUCUUAUGAUGAUGAAGAAAAUGUACCUUGCAGUGAUCAGGAAUAUAAAAUGUCUAGUAGCAAUGAAACUUACAAUGAUGAUGUAAAUAAUCUUGAUGAUGAGAAUGAGAAGACAUCUUCCGAUAAUAAACAAAAUGAAACCUCUGCUAUUGAAGAUCAGGAAUCUUAUGAUGAUGAAGAAAAUUUACCUUGCAGUGAUCAGGAAUAUAAAAUUUCUAGUAGCAAUGAAACUUACAAUGAUGAUGUGAAUAAUCUUGAUGAUGAGAAUGAGAAGACAUCUUCCGAUAAUAAACAAAAUGAAACCUCUGCUAUUGAAGAUCAGGAAUCUUAUGGUGAUGUUGAAAAUGUACCUUGCAGUGAUCAGGAAUAUAAAAUUUCUAGUAGCAAUGAAACUUACAAUCAUGAUCUAAAUAAUCUUGAUGACGAGAAUGAGAAGAAAUCUACCGAUAAUAAACAAAAUGAAACAUUUGCUAUUGAAGAUCAGGAAUUUUAUGAUGAUGAAGAAAAUGUACCUUGCCGUGAUCAAGAAAAUUUAAUUUCCAGUAGCAAUGAAACUUGCAAUGCUGAUCUAAAUAAUCUUCACGGUGGAAAAGAAAAAUUACUUCCUAAUGACAAUAGAAAUGAAACUAUUAAUUAUAAAGAGGCUGAAUUUUGCGACGCUAAAGAAAUUAUACCUUACUGUGAUCAAGGAAAUAAAAUUUUUAAUAACAAUGAAAUUUGUAUUGAUGAUGAAAAGAAUCCUGAUAGUGAGAAUGAGAUGAUGUCUCCCGAUAUUAAACAAAUUAAAACUUUUGAAACUAUUGAACAUCAUGAUUCUUCUGAUGAUAAAGAAAAUGUACCUUGCAAUGAACAGGGAAAUCAAAUUUCCAGUAACAAUGGAAUUUGCAAUAAUGAGCUAAAUAAUAAUAAUGAUGAAAAUGAGAGGGGAUGUCCCGAUAAUAAAGAAAAUGAAACUUUUGAUGUUGAACAUCAUGAUUCUUCUGAUGAUAAAGAGAAUGUACCUUGCAAUGAAAAAGGAAAUCAAAUUUCCAGUAACAAUAGAAUUUGCAAUAAUGAGCUAAAUAAUCCUAAUGAUGAAAAUGAGGAGGUAUGUCCCGAUAAUAAAGAAAAUGAAACUUCUGCAGAUAAAAAUGAUGAAUCUUUUAAAGAUGAAGAAAAUAUACUUUGCAAUGAUCAGAGAAAUCAAAUUUCCAAUAACAGUGAAAUAUGUAAUAAUGAACUAUAUAAUCGUAAUGAUGAGGAUGAAAAGAUAUCUUCCGAUAAUAAACAAAAUGAAACUUCUGUAGAUGAAAAUGAUGAAUCUUUUAAAGAUGAAGAAUAUAUACUUUGCAAUGAUCAGAUAAAUCAAAUUUCCAAUAACAGUGAAAUUUGCAGUUAUGAACUAAAUAAUUUUAAUAAUGAGAAUCAUAAGGUAUCUUCCGAUAAUAAACAAAAUGAAACUUUUAAUGUUGAAGUUCAUGAUUCCUGUGAUGGUAAAGAGCAGAUACCUUGCAAUGAUCAGGGAAAUCCAAUUUCCUUUAACAAUGAAAUUUGCAAUAAUGUACUAUAUAAUCCUAAUGAUGAAGAUGAAAAGGCAUCUCCCGAUAAUAAACAAAAAGAAACUUCUGCAGAUGAAAAUGAUGAAUCUUUCAAAGAUGAAGAAAAUAUAUUUUGCUGUGAACAAGGAAAUCAAACUUCUAGUAACAAUGAAAUAUCUGGUGAUAAACUAAAUAAUCUGUCUAAUGAGAAUGACAAGUUUCCUCUUGAUAGUAAGCCAACUGGAACGUUUAACUCUAAAGAAAAUGAAUCUUCUUCUAGUAAAGAAAAUACAUUUUGGCCUAGUCAAUUAAAUAGAAAUUUCAGUGACAAACAAAUUAAAAAUUUCAGUGCAGAAGAGAAUAAACCUUGCAUACAGGAAAAUAACUCAUCUUCCGAUUAUAAGCAAAAUGGACCCUUCAACAUUGAAGAAAAUAGUCUCUGCACUGGUCAAGAUAAAGAAAAUGAAAUUUAUAUCUCUGAAGGAAAUGUGCCUUACGUUUCUGAAGAAAAUGAACCAGGAAAUGGCCUUUGCAAUGUUCAAGAAAAUAGACGGUGCAGCGAUGAAGAAAUUGAAUUCUAUGAUGCUCAAGAAAGUGAAACUUGUGAUAUUGAAUUUAGUAAGUCUUGCGAUACUGUCCAAAAAGAUCCAAAUCUCAGUCAUGAAAAAUAUAAACCUUUUCUUUCUGAGAAAAAUAAAACACUGUCCUCAGAAACAACAUCAAAUAUUAACUCAAGUUAUAUAAAUAAUCAAAAUGCACUUGCAGAUAAAUUCGAUGGUUGUAACUUUGAAAAAGAACCGAAUAAAUUUAAGACCAAUGAAACAACUCAAUCAGAAACAGAAAUAACAAAUAACUCUCCAUGCAAUUUUCUUGAUGAGAUGAAUGGAAUUAAAGAAACCACAACAUCCAAAUUCGAAAAUGGAACAGCUGCAUUUUCAGAUUCUGAACUUUUAUCAAACGAUGACAGAAUGGCCUCACGACAAAAAGGAUUCACAUGUAUUGAAGAAUAUGAAAAAAUACAGGAAAUGCAGACAUACCAUUCAGAAUCAUCUUAUGGCACACUAAACCCUGACAAUUUAAAUCAAUCGGAUAUACAAAGCAGAAAAGAUUGUGAGCAAUCAAAUAACUUUGACGAUUCAGGAUUCUGCGACAAUAUUUCAGACAACAAUAUUUCACAAGUAAAUAAAAAUGCUGACUUAAAGCAAGGUUUCUCAUCCAAUGAAAACAGAUGCUAUAUCGAACAUUGCACAAAUUUCGAAGAAGCUGCUGAUCAAUUCUCUGAAGCGGGUAAUGAAGGUGCUGAAUACUCUAAAUCAUCAGAACCAGUUGAAUUAUCUCCAUCUGAAUCUGUAGAAUUACCUCUAUUAGAACCAGAUGCUACAAAAAAUUUUCCAACAGAGCAUGUACAGUUGCCUUCAUCAGAACCUGGCGAAUUACGUAUAUCAAAAACUACAGACUUAAUUACUCCAGAAAUUGAAAAAAUGCAUCCAUCAGAGGCUGCAAAAUUACCUACGUCAAAAAACUCAAAGUUUCCUCCAUUAAAACCUGCAGAAUUAUCACAAUCAGAAUCAGAGGAAUUACUUAAGCUAGAACUUGCAAAAUCACUUCCAUCAAAAACUGCAGAAUUUUCUGCAUCUAAACCUACAGAGCUACCUCCAUCAAAAUCUGUAAAAUCACUUCCAUCAGAGUCGGCCGAUUUGCUUGAAUCAAAAUUUGCAAAAUUACCUGCAGCAGAACUUGUUGAACCAUCUCCAUUAGAGGAAUUUCCUUCAUCAGUAUCUGCACAAUUAUCUCCAUCAGAAUUAACAAAAUUGCCCCCAGAAUGUUUUGUUUCAAAAUCAGUGGAAGUGUCUGCAUCAUCAUUACCAACAUCAGAGCCUACAAAUUCAAUUCUACAACAAAUUUCAGAAAUGCAUCCAUCAGAGCCUAAAAAGUUACCUGCAUCAAAAUAUUCAAAGUUGCCUCCGUCGGAGCCAACAGAAUUUCCUAUAUCAAAACCUAAAGAGUUACCUUCAUUAGAAUUUGUAAAAUCAGCUCCAUCACAAUCAGCAGAUUUACUUGAAUCCAAAUUUGCAAAAUUAUCUGCAACAGAACCAGCAGAACUUGUAAAAUCUUCUGCAUCAGAACCUGAGGAAUUACCUUUAUCAGUAUCUGCACAAUUAUCUCCAUCAGAAGUUUCAAAAUUAUGUCAAUCAGAAUUAGGAAAAUUGCCCCCAGAAUCUUUUGCUUCGCAAUCAAUGGAAGUGUCUGCAUCAAAAUCUACAGAAUUGUCUGUAUCAGAGUCUGCAGGAUUAUCCACAGCAGAACUCCACAGGAAUGAUGAGUAUUCUAGUACUAGGUCUGAAGAUGCUGCAUAUUCUUUGGAAUCUUGGAAUAUAAACAAAUCUCAUCGCAAAAAAUACCGAAAAAAGCAGAAAACGCCAGGCCGUCGUUCUUCGGGCAUUAAACAGUAUACCUCAGAAUCUAAUAACUCCACACACGGACGUUGGGACAGUGAUAUGGGAGAGAAAGCGGCUGAAAAGGCUAUAUGCGAAGAAAGUACAGCAAUUUCAGAGCAAAAUGAAAUAGUUCUAGCGCAGCCAGAUGUCUAUCACAUUCGAAACCAACCUCUUGUUUGUAGUCUGCGUUACAAUAACUUGGAUGUCGAUAUCUUUCAGCCUCUCUCUCGACUUAAAUUGAAAUUAGGGAACCAGUUUCGUAAAGAUCACAACAACAGUGAAAAUAACGAAAUGGUGACGAGUGAAGCAUCUUCUGUAAAUCAAAAUCUGAAUUCUGAAGAUGAUUUUACAAGUGAAACUCAAUCCAUUGAUGAUUCAACGGACCAAAACACAAGCGAAACAACAGUUUCACAAGCAAGUGGUGUAAUUCCAAUGUCUAAUGAUAAUCGACAUUUUGAAAGCAGAAAUGUAAGCUUGCGCUGUCGACCAAAACGGAUUGCAAAUUUGAAAUAUAGUUAUUCAUCAGAUGGUCAGAAGAUAUCAGUUAAAAGUAAAAACACUAAAUUAUUCAUACAAAUUCAAAAUAUUGACAAAAAAUGAAUGAAAUGUUUUGUAAAAAUUUUUGAAGAUGAGAGAAAUUUAUUACCUUUUGAUUAGUGCCUGAAUUUUAUCGUUUUAUCACUCUUAAACUAAGGCUUUUCAACUCAGAUUCACACUGUGAAAACGAUUAUAUAGUAUAUAGGAAUUAGGCUAGUUUAAUGUUUUUAAUCUGAAAACUUCACACUUUUCAAUUAUAUUAAAUGUCGCCUAUACAUCUAAUUCAUUUAGAUGAAUUCGUAAUCAAGAUUUUAAAAUAAGUUUGUUUUAAAAUUGAUUUCUUUUUUAGUUAAAUAUGUCGGUAUCUUCUUUUCUAGGUGAUCUUUAAGAGAAUAAUAGUCCAAAGUUCUUCAUUUAUUUCUUUUACUAUUGUACAAUGUAUUUAAUAAAAAAAAGCAAAACUAAUUGGGACAAUUAAAAUCUUCAAAUACUAGAUUAUUAUAGAUAGAUUCAAUAGACACUACUCUAUUGAUAUAUCUAUAAAGUUUGUUAAUUAAAGAUAUUUAUUUAUUGAGAUCCUUAUUUUAAUUAUUGUUAAAUUUUUUAACUAUAUUGGUGCACCUUUAAACUUAAAAUUUUUCAUUUUAUCCUGGUUUGUUUAUUUAUAGAUUCAGUUUUCUUAGUUUGGAAUUUUGAAAAGGAAAAAAAAAAGAAUUAUAUUUAUAAACUUUGAAUUAUCCCAGUUCCGAUGCCGAAUACUAUAGUUUUAGAGACUUUGGCAUCUCAUGUUGUAUUGUUCUUCAAUAUCAUUCUUCAAAUAUAGUUGCAGAAAUGACGAAAUUUCAGUACAAUUCUUCAGGCUUGUGCAUUUAAUGUUUUUUCAUUUCUCAAUGAUUAUUGUAUCAUUUAUGUUUUCAUUUUUCAAUGUAAAAGUAUUCUAAAAAUCUCAAAAAAAAAAAAAAAAUUGCAGAAAAAUGAACUUAUCUCUCUUACCAGUAAAAGUAGUUAAAUAAAACUUUUGAGCAAAUCUUGGAUAUAACAUUUUUGCCUUUAUUUUUCAGUGCUGUAGUUUUGUAGUUUUUGCUAUGUGAUAUGUGCUUUUGCUUUGCAAAUAUGAAUAAUGUAAGAAGAAAUAAAAAUUUUAUUUCUU